AUGAGAGCGGGAAGUAUUAUCAACCGUAGGAAAUUUCGCCAGCUCGGGAUUUCUAUAGCAGUACUUAGACCACCUUGUAGCAGGAGGAUCGAAAUUUUAUUAAUAUGUUUCUGCAUCUCUUUUUCUAUCUUUCUCUUUACUAUCUGUUCAACUUAUAAUACACGACAACAACAUUAUCGUCCUCUUCGAAAGUAUCAUAAAGGUUAUACCCUCUUGAUGAACACUUGGAAGAGAAACGAUCUUUUAAAGCAGUCUAUCUCUCAUUAUACAUCUUGUGCUGGACUUGACUCUAUACAUAUCGUUUGGAGUGAACCGGAAAGGCCAUCCGACUUCCUUCUUAAUUCUUUGCAACAUGCUGUACAGUCGAAGGCCAGAGGUGGGAGAAACAUUGAGCUUCAAUUUGAUAUCAACAAGGAAAAUAGCUUGAAUAACAGAUUCAAGGAAAUCAAGGAAUUAAAAACAGACGCCAUAUUUUCAAUAGACGAUGAUGUUAUUUUCCCUUGCACUUCAGUUGAGCUAGCUUUUAAUGUUUGGCAAAGUGCACCAGAAACCAUGGUAGGAUUCGUACCUCGACUACAUUUGGGAGAUGAAAAGAAACAAAGCUUGAGCCGGUACACUUAUGGAGGCUGGUUGUCUGUAUGGUGGAUGGGUACUUAUAGCAUGGUGCUUUCCAAGGCUUCCUUUUUCCACAAGAAGUAUCUUGGUUUGUACACAAAUCAGAUGCCCGCAUCAAUUCGAGAUUAUGUAACUAAAAUCAGGAACUGCGAAGAUAUUGCCAUGUCUUUUCUUGUUGCAAAUGAGACAGGCGCUCCUCCAAUAUGGGUGAAAGGUAAAAUUUUCGAGAUAGGAUCAACUGGAAUAAGUGGCAUAUAUGGUCACACUAAGCGAAGAUCGGAAUGUCUGAACAAGUUUGCGGUUGAAUAUGGGCGCAUGCCUUUGGUAUCUACUUCUACAAAAGCUGUUGAUGGCCGAGACAGUUGGAUUUGGUGA